UUGAACAUAUCUGUGUUGCUCUGUUCCCGCCCUCACACUCACUCAGUCAACAGAACGGCCACAAGGGGGCGAAAAAACAACAUUGGAGAAGAGAGACAUUCGCGGUGGCUCCUUUUUAUUCUUUGUUUUCUUCUCUUUUGUCUGCCUCAUCAUAUUUGUCUGUUAAUAAUGUCGGACUUAAUAAAAUCUGGUAAUUUAAUCGGAGAAAUAUAAUGAAAAGCAUUAAGCAGUUUCUGCAUCAUGAUUUAAUGCUGCAAUUCUUCUGGUGUGCUCGUCUUGGCCACCAGGAGGCAGUACAGUAAAAUACAGUUCAGUCGGAGACCAGUCGUACUUCUUCUACUUCUACCGCAAGCGAAAACAAUGUCUGUGGUUAUUGUUAUAGCUGUCUACAACUGCGACGAGCAAUGCUAGCUUUUGCCUUUGUUUGAAAUACAUAAAGUGCAAGUCUUUUAAUUUACUUAGUUUCAAAGGUUGCCAUUCACAAUAAAAUUGAAAUACGACCAUUAAUUAAUUCACUGCAGAUGAAGCAAAUGCCCAAAAAUACUAUUUAAUCACUGCUGUGUACGCGCGUGUGCUGCCGCCUGCUGGAUAAAUGUGAACCUGCCCCACGUGUCUCCAUCCGAGCGUCACGUGCACUGCAGCAGCGCGUCACGUGAUUCUCAACGCGCACGCUCCUCGUGCUCAUAAACCGUCCUGCGAGGGGACGCGCACGCAGACGCAGGUGUUGGCGCGGCGAAGGCAUUGCGCAUGUUCAGUGGCGCACGGCCGGCCGGCCGGCACAGGGAGGGGCGGGGCUGCGGGCGUUGUGUUCUCUUCUCCCACCUGACGUCAAGUGCACGCGCACGCGCAAAAUCCGCGAGGAGGACGAACCAGAUGCGGCGGUCCGGUCGCCGUCGCUGUGCGCGGGCGCCACGAGAUGCCAACACCGUCGCGAUGGUCGUCAACAUGGAUGCGUACGUGCGAGUUUCCGUCCUGUGCUGACUAGGGGUGCUUGUUGAACGGAUACUCCCCCCCCACACACACACACACGAAGCAUCUCAAUAACUUCCCACAAGGACGCAAGCGGGGGAGGCGAUGUCCCAAUCCGGGAAGGUCGUCCACCUGUAUGUGGAAGUCAGGUCUGCUUCCGAUCCUAGUGUCGGGGGGAAGACAUUUGGAGAACACAAACAUGGUUCUCCUCUGAAACACUCAGGACUUAAGGACAAUACUCGGGACCUCCUGUCCCAGCUCGCCAGCCGGACCCCCACCAGGUGUCAGACCCCCAGUCCUAAACUACUCCACCAAUCUCCUCCAGUUUCUGGAAGGUCUCACCUCAAUCAAGCCUUCAGUUCUCCCGGGGCAUUCAAGCGCUGGAGUCUACCAUGUGACAUGAAGACCUCCAGCAAGGCCUGCUCCGACAACAAAGAGGGGAUUGAUGGGAAGCGGUCUGUGGUCUCCUUCAGUUACGUGCAGAAGUCCAACGUGAAGACUUUAAGCAGUCCAGGGAACAGUCAGGAAAGAGGCACCCGGGUUCACAAAACAGUUUGUGACCCUUUUUGGUAUGAUUCUUCAUGCGGUCCUAAAUUGACAUUUCAACCUUCGGGUUUCCCACCCGCUCUGGACCCCGUUGGCAGGGCUGCAACUCGAAGGGCUUUGGAGCACUUUGGAUCCCCGCUAUUGAGUAUCAAAGUGGCGCAUGGACUGGAGCGCUCAACGUGGUCUUAUACCCAUCAUCCAGCCCGUUGUCAGUCCUGGUCCGGUUCUCCAGUCCUGCACCACAACAAAAAACACAGGACAUGUGGGUGGCCUUGGACUCCGGUGUCAGACCAGCAGUCCUCACAGUCCCAAAGUCCCCUUUUUCACUCCCAAAGACCCGCUGACUUGGCAGAUGACGUCAUGGGAGGCUUAAACCAGUUGAGUGGCAAUUCUAAACGUUCAGCCGCCCCCUGGGUUCAUCCCAAAGAAUCCAGACCCGCUUCUCCACAUCAAAGCCACAAGAUGAACAUCCCCGUCCACAUGUCGGCUGCAAACCAGGGUGGGCGACCCCUCCACCAGUCCAACCAGCUCCUGAGCUGGGCUCCUGAUUCACCUUCCCCUCCUCCGCGCGUCCACCGCCCUUCUCACCCCCCUACCGAGCUCGGCUCCCCCAUCAGGGACCCCGGAGUGUCCCUGGGUAAUCUCCGACCACCUGACAGUCUCACCCUGCAUCGAUGUCAGACACCCCAGUACACCAGCGCCAACCGGAGGGGCUCAGGAUGCAGAGAGAGAGGAGAUCAUUCAUGGUUGACCUCCAAACCCUUAGUCAGUCAGAUGAUUGAAGAGGCACCGGAUAAGGGGCGGAGUAGCAGUCCUUUCCCAGUCCCGGACCGCGACCAUGCUCGCGAUGGGUCCGGCCAGCAUGGAUCUCUCAGCCCAACAGCGCAACAGAAGCGAGCUGAGCAAAAAAGGAGAGAGCGCCUCCUACUGGGUCCUGUGGUCCUAGACUCCCCGGAUGCGGACUGUGACUACCCUUUGGAUGCCAUGGGAGGUUCCUCACCGGGGUCCAGCGGAGUCACGGGCAGUUUAGGGGAGCGGGAGUGCUUGUCACCCGAGUCCCUUCAGUCCGGCCACCAGGGAAAUGAGACCGGAGCCUCGACCUCUGGAAUACAGACGGACAGCGCAGCGCCUUUCCUGUCGCUACACUGUCAGAAGAUCGCUCGGGCCAAGUGGGAGUUUCUCUUCGGACCCGAAGAGGGCGCCGGCAGCGGGCCCGCAAACUUUGUGGAAGCUUCCACAGCACCCCCUAGUGGAAACUCCAGCGAGUCCCCCACCCCAACCCCUCCCUCUUCACUGCCGCUGCUUGCCGCCAGUCAACAUGUUCGACACAUGGAGGUGGAAUUGGUGACCCCGCCCCCCGCCGCCGCCCAUGUCGGGUGGUCCCCCGAAACGGGCGUCAUCCGCCGCACCCUCAAGUACUCGGAGACGGACCUGGACGCCGUCCCGCUGCGCUGCUACCGUGAGACGGACAUGGACGAGGUGCUGAUGGGUGGGCAGGUGGACAAGGACUCUGCGUUUGGGAGUAACAGAAGUGUCCACGGGGAGGAUCCUCAGGGCUCAGGCCUAAGCCCGGACGGUUUGGCUUUGGGGUCUUAUACGGGAAGGGCUGAGGAAGAGGGGAGUCGAGAAGGAGAGCAGGUGGAGGAAGAGGAAGAGGAAGAGGUGGUGAGCUGGGCUAGUGUGAGGAUGCAAGGGGAUGACAGGAAACAACAAGACGCAGCGCAGGAACUGGAACAAGGUUUCCCAUGCAUGAAGAGGGCGUCGGAGUGUUUCCUGGACGCCCGUCAGCCGGCUCUCAAGUCGCCCGUCCGGCUGCAGCAUCGUCACCUGGCCACCGAGGACGCCUUCAGCCGCCAUUUUGAGAGCAUCGUGGAGUCAGCGCGAGCCAAGGGGACGUCCUUCCAAAGUCUGGACGGCCUCGACCUCGCGCCCGACUCGGACGCCACGCGGGCGCCGUCCAGCGAGAGGCUGAGCGGCGGCUCGUCGAGGGAGGAGGCGGUCCAGCGGCGCGUGGCCAAGUGGCGGCGAGACGACGGCGCCGAGCGCACGGCGCGACACCUUUACCACUCGGACGCGACGCAGCAGCUGAGCAGGAACCUCCUGCUGGCAGACGAGUACCUUCGACUCUUUGACUUCUCGCAUCUACCCCUGGACCAAGCUCUCAGGGAGUUCCUGAAGCAGGUGGCGCUGUCGGGGCAGAGUCAAGAGCGAGAGAGGCUGCUGCGGCAUUUUUCCCGCCGUUAUUUGCUGUGCAACCCGACUGGUUUUAGCUCGGAGGAUGCCGUCCACACGCUGACGCGCGCGCUCACGUCCCUCAGCGCGGACCUGCACGGCCCGGAUGUUGGCGCCAAGAUGUCUUGCGUGCAAUUUGUCCACGACUUGGACGGACUCAAUGAUGGACGAGCCUUCCCCAAACCUCUGCUCAAAGCGCUUUAUAACUCCAUCAAAACACAGAAGCUGCAGUGGACCCUCGAUGAGGAGGAACUGAGGAAGUCCUUCUCGGAACUCGGGGACAGCCUGUGCGACUCGUCGAGAUCGGCCAAGGGCAGUGGCGGCGGCGGCGGCGGCGGCGGCGGCGGCGGCGGCGGGGGCAGCGAUGACGGGACCUUGUCGGCGGAUGAGACGCCGCCCUGUAGGACGCCGCUGUACAAGAACGGCUUCCUGGUGCGCAAAGUGCACGCCGACUCGGACGGGAAGAGAACACCGAGAGGCAAGCGAGGCUGGAAGACCUUCUACGCCAUCUUGAAGGGGCUCAUCCUCUACCUGCAGAAAGGCGAGUACCGCGCCGACAAGCCGCUGACGGACGACGACCUGAAGAACGCCGUCUCCAUCCAUCACUCGCUCGCCACCAAAGCGGCCGACUACAGCAAACGUGCAAACGUCUUCUACCUGCGGACUGCAGACUGGAGGCUCUUCCUCUUCCAGGCGCCAAACGCCGAGCAGAUGCAGUCGUGGAUCACCAGCAUCAACACGGUGGCGGCCACAUUCUCGGCUCCGCCCUUCCCGCCCGCCGUCGGGUCCCAGAAGAAGUUCAGCAGGCCUCUGUUGCCGGGCAACGUGUCCAAACAAUCCGAGGAGGAGCAAGCGCGUUCCCAUGAGGCCCGUUUGCGGGCCGUAUCUUCGGAGCUGGCCGAGCUGCUUUCUUGCCCGCCCCAAAACAAACUCAAAGGCAGACAGCUAGACCAGUACCAGCAGAGGGACCAGUAUCUCCACUUUGAGAAAACGCGCUACGAGACGUACGUGGCCCUGCUGCGGGCCAAGAUGGAGGGCGGCGGCGGCGGCGACCGCCCCAGCAGCGAGGCCGAGCUGGAGGAGGAUGAGGGCGCUCUGCAGAGGGAGCACUCCAGCCCCACCCUGCACGACGGCAGCCAGGCCAGCGGAACCCGAGCGGGCGGCAAAGCUCGGCAGGAGGUCCAAAGGCACAGCUACAGGCAAGCCGUGAAGAAGUGAGGACGGUCUCGACGCCCGCCGCUGGGCUUUUUCUUUGCUUUGGAGCGGGCGCUAGCCUCUCGCCCGCUAUACGCCCUGCCGCUUACUCAGGCCAGCCGGCUUGCCCGCUACUCGGGUGGAUGGGCGGGGACAAUGGCGCCCAAAACGGCGUGCAAAAUGGCACCCAGUCAGAACAGGAAAGUGCCCCGCCAGCAUCGCGUAAACACCUUCCACUUGCCUCGUCUUUCCUUUUUCCUUCUUUUCCGUCUUGUCCUUUUUCCCUACCUUCCUUUCAGCUUUUCCUCCAUCUUGUCUCAUCACUUCCUGCAUGGUGACGAGAGAGCGCAUUGACACUUUUCUCUUUUCUUCAUCUUGCCUUCUUCUCUCUCCUAUCUUGCUCCAUCUGUUGUCCUUCGUGGCCACCAGUUGGACUCAGGCGCUGUGCAUUCACUCACCAGACGGAUCUGGAAUGUUCUUUCAGCUUCUCCCACGCGCCACAUUUGACUGCAGGACGCGCGUGGUCAAAGGCCGAAGCCAACCUUGAACGGUGAACAUGGGCCGGAGGUUCAAAAGUGUCACUCAUCUCCCAGACGGGCUGUUUGUUGGUUGGCGGAAGGACGGCUCAUAGAGCCCCGCCCCCUCGCAUACGUCAUCUGGGGGACACUUCAACUCUUCUUCACCUUCAAUCAAUUGCAUUUAUUUUAGUGUGUGCAUCUUUGCUUUUCUAUGCGGGUGUGUGUAUGUGUGUCUGUCUGUGUCAUGUGUUUUUUGAAGAUAUGCUGUGGAUGUGCACGUACGUUUAUGGGGGUGGGGGGAUAUCAUUCAAGAUUGAGCUCAAAGGACAGGUGAAGCCCCACCCCCACGUUCGCAACUGACUAGAGGUGGAGGCAGAGGCUAGUUACCAUGGUAACCAAAGUGUCCGCGUUGUGCUUGGCGCGAGCUGGUGGUCGCCCUGACAACAUUUCCCCCCCUCCCCCCCUAUAUUGUUUACGGGAUAAUUGUAAAUAAUUAAGCAUGUUUAUUCUUCUUGAUUUGGGCUUUCGGACUAAUUCAGGUCACUGUCCGUCUUUCUGCUCCGUUGUGAACAUUUUCAUCUGGUUGAAUAAAAACGUUUCUUUGUUCUUCACCGGAAGGAGAAGUGUACGCAAGUGUGUUGCAUUCACUUGAGGAAAAAAAUCUUUUACAUUUUUUAAAAUAUAUUUUUAUUUCAUUUUUUUGGGGGGGGGAAUUUAAAUUUUAAGGAAAAAAGAUCACAAAAAUGUUUUAAAAAACGCAUUAUUGAACAUUUAUAUAUAUGACUCAGAAAAAAAGGUGAAUACUAUGUGCUUCUGUAAGAUCAUGUUGGUUUACGGGUUCUCAAUAAAAGAAUUAAUGCCUC